UAACACUUGGUGCGACUACAGCGACAAGUUUUCGAAUCCCACACGUUCUCUCAUGCUCGUUGCACCUGUGGAUAGUAGAAAAUGUACACGCGUGUAACAAGAUACUCGACCUUACUACUAUCAUCAUCAUCAUCAUCAUCAUCAUCAUCAUCUUCUCUUAUUAGUCUCUUUUUCUUUUUCAUAGAAUGUGUUAGACAUGUGAAUACAUUGAAAAAUAUGCAAUACGUCAUUGUGUUUCCUGAUAAUUAUACUUUCUUGGAAAAGGUUGCAUAGUGAAUGCUAAUAUCCUUUUUAUCACGUUUACGUUUCCUGCUUAUAUUCCUUUUAUAUGAUCAGAUUAUAUAUAUAUAUAUAUAUAGAUAUUUAUAUAUAUAUUAUGUGUGUGUGUGUGUGUGUGCAACGAUGCUUUGAAAAUGUACUAUACAAUGUUUCCUAUCUUCUGUAAUACGUGAUUUCAAUUUAAAAAAGGUUAUUGAACCUAUUUUGAUUGAUACAUCUACGCAAGGAAAUGAAGAUGAGUUUCUCUUUAACCUCACUUCAGCCUUCUAGCAAUAGUCUAGAAAGGCGGAAGCAAGUGAGUGUGCCCUUAGAAAGACCAUACAACAGUCUUACCAAAAAAAGAAAAGAUCCCAAACAAAUGCAAUGUCAAAGAAUGUGGACUAACAGAGAUGAUAGCAAAGAUGACUUUUGGGCUGCGAUACGCUCUAAUUAUGAUUAUAUUAUGGAUACUAAUUUAAUUGAUAGUUGUAAGGAAGCAAAUGGUGAAUUAACUUGGGAUGAGACAGACGUAUCAACACAGUCAUGGAGUUUGAAGGAACUUAGUUGCCAAUUUUCAGAACUUUACUCUUGGUUGAGAAUACUUCAAGAAUUAGUUUAUUCUAAAGAAGAAAAUCUUUUGAACAAAAGUCUACGCGCGGCUCACAUGGCGGAGUUGCGACGUAAGGCAUACAGAAGAAAAUUGUUCAAUGAACAAGCUGAAAAAUUAGUAUCAUGCACCCCUGCAUUAAAAGAUGAAGUGGCGUGGCGUGUUAAUCAUUUGAACGCAAAGUGGGAAUUAGUUGAACAAAUUAUGGCACCCGUAGAACGUACUGUCUCUGACGAACAGGAUGUAUCUGCAGACUUCGAACAUGAAGUUAAAUGUUUAAGAAAGUGGUUACGAGAAAUGGAAUCGCGUCUGAAACCUUUGAGUCUUCACGUUGAUUGGACAUUAGCAGAAUUAGAAGAAAAAGCAAUGGAGCAUAUGAUACUUCAACGAGACAUAGAGGCACACGGGCGUAUCGUAUGUUCUGUCGUGAAGUUGAGCGAGAGAGUGUUCAAGCAAAGACAACAACAGUCGUCCCAGUCAUUGAGAAUUGCAAGAUCACUCGAACGUCGUUGGCAUCUUCUUUUUUUACGUGCACUCGAGUGGCAGUGUCACAUUGAAACUUUGGUAUCCCGAGCCAGCAACAAGAGUGGCGUUUCUUGCCAAUGCAGUAGCGAGAGCGACGAGGAGCCGGUCACGAAACAACCCAGGUUGAGUCGUAGCAGACAAUCUUGUGGCUCCGGAAGAGAAUCUCCUGCCUCUUCUACUACCACUACUACUACUAUUCCUACCACUAACACCAAUACUAAUACUACUACUACUACUACAACAACUACAACUACAACUGCCAAGUAUCUACGUUCCAAGCAAACAAAGCGUCUUAGGUCUCGAGUACGGAAAGAUUCCGGUACUAACAGUUCAAGAAACGAUUUUUCAGACAGCGAUGCUUCAUCCGAGAAUCGAUCCAUCGAUGAGGAAGGAUCUUACUUCGAGGAUGAAUUAUGUCAAUUCUGUGUGAUGGAUGCUAGAUACGAGGAGACUGAAAAUUAUUCAAAUAGAAUAUUAUCAUCAUCAUCAUCACACAUUAAUACUAGUCUAGCGAUAGAAACGGGUGAUCAGGGAGAAGAAGCUGACGUAGAAGAAGAAGAAAGAGACUACGACAUGCCACCGACACCUAAUACCGUACCGAUGACGUCUACGUCCAAGACGACGACUAUAGUAAGAAAUCAGCAACAGCAGCAGACGGUUGAACAGACGAAAGAAUCCGUAACGUCGAAAGAGACUUUGAAGAGGCGUCGUUCACCGACUCCAUCUACAACAAGUGCAUUGCCAGUUGAAGAAACUGCAUCCUUUAACACGUCUGACAGAAAGUCAAAGAAUUGUGCAAUUUUUUACUUCAAACAUUUGGAUACGGAUUCCGAGGUGGAUUGUUGUCAGACAAACGAAGAAUCCACAAACAUGGUGGAUGAUUCUUCCGAGGAAGAAUGGACGUACACAUCUUCACGUGCUGCUAACGAUUACGUUUGUACAGAAGAAAGGAAGACCAACGUGGUUGUUCGAUUGGAUUUCAAUGAGACACCACGUGUUAGCGUUACGGAAAAAGUUAGAUUCGUUGAUGAUGAUAAUGAGGAUAGAAGAAUGAUGGCUGAUGUCAAAGAGAAUGAGGAGGAGCAUGUUGAAAAAGAACGAGUAUCGGAUAGAUUGGUGGUGAAGAAUGUCGAGCACGAUGAACAGGAAGAAGAGGAGGAGGAGGAGGAAGAGGAAGAAGUAGAGGAAGAAGAGGAGGAGGAGGAAGAGGAGGAGGAGGAGGGUUCUGCAAUAGUAACAGGAGAAACGAUAACGGAUGCUCCGGAAAAGGAUAGCGAUGACGAUGCUAAGAGCGACCAAGUUAGCAUUGGAAGACUGAUAAAGGAAGUUGAAAAAUUGGUUAGGGAAGAGAGACAGGCUAAUUUCCCUCGUACAUUUGCACCUUUAAUAUUUGAGGAAAAAAAGGGAACCGCGAUGAAUCAUCGUGCCAAAUAUGCUCGUAUUAAGGAAUGGUUGAGAAUGAACUCUGCGACAAGGGGUCACGAAGUUACCAGGAAUGGAUUGUUGCAGUCCCUAGACAGUUGCGACGCGAGUGGGGAAUACACGACAGAGGAAUCCGAUGGGGAGAGGCAAUCAGUCUCAUCAGAGGAUCUUCAGAGUAGUGUCGCGACCUAUCGUCGCUUCGAAAGCGGUGCUCUAGGCUGUGCACAAUCUCAAUCAAUGUCGCAAGAAAUAAUAGAAGAUUUAGAUAAAACACCGGUUAAUGAUAAUCAUCGUCCGGUUAUGAUGUUGGAUAACAGUUGUUGUAGUAUUAGUAACAACAACACGUCCAAAGUUGUUAUGCGUUCCAGACAGAAAAGCAACGGUCCUAGACCUUGGAGCGUUUCUUGCAUAUCGCAGAUAGCUUCGAGCUCUGCAUUGAAUCAGGUCAACGAUUCUAUCUCACAAUUCUCGAUCUCGCAAUCGGAGACGGCACUGCAUCAACUAGUUGUUUCACCUCCAACCAAAUCUAUUUCAUUGGAUGCUACUGGUUCGCCUAAGUCAUUUAAUAAUUCAACAUCUACGUUGUUGGAGGAAUCGAUCAUUUGUCAAGAUGGUCGUACUGCGAGAAACAGUUCUUUACGUAGGAAGAAAAGUAGGCUGAGGAAGAAACACUUGGGUCGGAAAAGUGGUUCUAGUUCCGAAUGCGUUAGCGGACAUCAUCAUUCGGCAGGAAGCGAUGGUAGUUUAAAUCAACAAAGAUCACCUCGCAAAACUAACGCCAAUCGUUGUGGUGGCGUAUUGCGUGCAGUUCCGAGAGAAUGUUACGGACAUUCGAAUACUACUCUCGUGAAAUCUGGUUCAUUCUCAGGAUGUACAGCUCAUCAACAGUUAAAUACUGAAACUACGACGACGAUGACGACGACGUUGGCCGUGGGCGGUGAUUCUUCCUCUUUAGUACAUGCCGCAAUGCCUUGCUGUCGUCGUGACUUUAUUUCAUCUAAUGAAACGGAAGAAGAUCAACGCAGUUGCAUCAAAGGUUGUUCCACUUAUGAAGACAGUUUGUUAGACACCGUACUCAAUAGCAAAGAACUUUGCAAUCGUCAAUCAAACGUUGACAGCGAUAUUGAAAUGAACAGCCUCGGUAAUAAUUCUUUCUCCGAACAAGCAUGGGAUAAUUAUCAGGAAAAAUAUAUGAGCGAAACGUAUAGCGAAGCACCGGACGUUGAAACGGCAAGAAGAUUGUUGGAAUUUGGCGAUGAUUAUAGAAAUUUCCUCGACAGCCAAUCGGAUUGCGCAUCCAGUAGCAUGAGCGCCCUUCCUGGUAGUUCUGCAGUCAUGCCCCGAAAUCGCAUGCGUCAUGAAAUAACAGACACUACGGAGGACAGUGACAGCGAUGUCGAGGACAUAAGAAAUGUCCUUGACAAAUCACAAUCUCAAUGUGUCCUAGCUGAAAAUCUUUUCGUAAGAUCUAACGGAACCACCAAAGACUGUGCUGAAGUGGAAAAUGCGUGCAGGGAAAAUUUGAGAUGUCUGAACACUUUGCUAGAAUCGAUCAGCGGUUCUUCAUUCAGGACUGAAAAAUAUACGAAACAAGUUCGUGGUGCAAUAGAAAGAUGGGAAUCGUUGGCUUCCCGGGUGGAGGAAAAUCGAAUGGCUGGUUCACUUCAUCAGGAAUUAUCAGCCAUGUUGUUGGAAUUUAAAGCAACUUAUGAAAGGCUUAUGGGUUAUGAGAUCAUUUUGGAACAACCUCAUCUUCUAGACGAUCAGAUUAAUCGAAUUACGGCCGAGUUGAUUUCACUCAGGGAACGGAAAACUGCUAUGCUGGCGUUAAAUGUCUCAGCUCAUCGAUUGAUUACCGACCUAGGUGCUUCUACAUCUUUCAUUUUUGGGGCCUUGAAAGAAGGUGUUGCUGAUCUCUACAGAGUUUGGGACGAGACCUUUCAAAAAGGAAAUCAACGACUGUCCGCACUUCAAACGGUUCAACAUUUCAACCUACGCCUGUCAGAACUUCAAUGCGAUUUGCGUAGAGACAAGGAUACCUUAGCUGUGUUGGACGUUGCUUUGCAAGCUGGUGCUACUACGGAAGUUGCAUCUUCCGUUCGUCAUGUUGCUCGUCUUUUGUCGGAAAAACAAGAAGUUCAUUCUCAGAAUGAGACUGUUAUAAUGAACGAUGCUACAAUCGUGGAAGUAACUGCGUGUCCAUUGGCAAAGUUCACCGAUCAAUCGACCACCCUGUUGAGCCAAGAAGGUGGUUCAUUAUCGGACAGUGGAAUAUCCGAUAGCGGUAGCGAACAGGAAUUAAGCGAACGCGAAAGAAGAUUGGCUUUACUUCGUCGUUUAACUCGUAAUUUGGAAAAUCAAUUGGAUCCAGGUAGCGAGGCAUUGACCAAACUUUGGAAAAGGGUCGAGGACGCUGAACACGAGUUACGCGAUUUGCAAAAACAGUGUCGUGAAUUGAUCGUGCGUACUGCAGCUAGUGUUGAGAGUCGUACCGCUAAAAGGAUGGUUGGUCAACAUCAUUAUCGUACUGACAAAAGGAAGAAGCCUGCUAAUGGUGACAACAACAACAUCGAUGAGGACGAGGAUGAUGAAGAUGAUUCGAUGAUUAAAGAUCAAUCAGAGAUUAUGGUAUCUGGGUAUCACAUUGGUCGUUGUGGUAGUGGUGGUGAUGGUCUUAUCGGAGCUGGUGGAUGUAGGACCAAAUCCGAGGACACUGGUGAUCCGGAAAACGAACCGGACAUACCUCAAAGUUGGAUAUGGCGUAUUCUGAGGGCUGCCUUGCCCUUUCAGUUGGCUCUAGUCGCUCUUUUCUGUGCCGCUUGUCUUCUUGAACCACAUUGUUGCGAAGCUGCUAACACCCUCAAUCUUUCAUUGACACCGCAGCUUCGUUACGUCAGAGGACCCCCACCAGUGUAAAUAAAAAACGGUCCUGCUGUCCGUUUCGACAGUUUUGUCAACACCGUUUAUUGCACAGAUUAUCUUUAAGUUUGAUCGUGUAUGUUUGUAUGUAUGUUUGUGUGUAUGCAGUUUUGUAUGACGUAUGCUCGAUGACACUGCCACUCCUCUCAUCGUUCGUAACUCGACACACAAUUUUCUUCCUUUUCUAGGUUAGGGAUUACUUCUUUCGCCAUAUUUUUGGGGGGGGGGGAUUUUUGUUAAUAUGCAUUUAUAUGUGUUGUCUUAUUUGUACAAGUGUGUCUUCUUUGUUUUCACUGCCAAUUUUCAUUUGUCGGAAAAAUUUUUUCAUUAAGCUAGAUCAAAUUUAAUUCACGCAAAGAAGACGACAACUGGAAAAGAAAGAUGGUGGAUGAUCAAAUUUAAAUUUCAAUCAAUGAAUUUGUUCAAAUUCCAAAAAUUUAUUCGAGUUACGACGAUCGAGUAACACACGUGUUGUGUGUAUUUUUAUGCUGUGUUGUACAUUUCUUUUUGUCUUUUUUUUUUUUUUUAUAUAUUUAUAGGAAUGUUAUUUAUCGAAUGAUGAGAUGAUUGAAAAAAAAAAAAUCAACAAAAAAACAAAAGAAAAGAAAAAAGAAAUUAGUAAAGUAGAGUUUAUACGAAGAACGAACGAACGAACGGAAGGAACGAUUAUAAAUCGUUGAACAUUUUCUCACGAAGAUAUUUAAUUUGAUAUGAUUGAUAUACAAUGUAUAUAUACAUAUAUAAAAUAUAUAUAUAUAUAUACAUACA